AUAAACCGCUGACAUAUUUUUUUACAAAAUUUUAUUGUAAAUAAAAUAGUGAUCAUUAUCAAUAAUUUUAACAAUGUGAUUUCGUUUUUAUUUUAUUUUUAUUUAUACUAUCUUAUCACACAAGAAUAUCUUUUCAGCAGUCAUUAAGAAAUUGAUCAUCAUGGAUGAUAAGGAUUUGCUGAAUAGUGAAAAUAUAUCGGAAGAUACUCAUGUACUAAAUCACUUAGAAAAUGGAGCUUAUCUUUCUUCAAAUAACAUCCCCGUAAGUGAAGUAGUCGAGAAGGUUUCAGAGUUUUCCAAUUUUCUCAACAGCAAAGGAAGAUUGUCUUUACUUCAUGCAAACCCAGCGGAAUCCCAAGAAUUGGUGCCUUUAAUGUUGUCAGUAAAAAAGAAUAUCAAAAGUGCAUUAUCAGAAAUCGGUCAAUCACAAAUAAAAAAAAUCCGCAGUUACGUUUGUCCAAAAUGCGACGAAACAAUUAAAGUUCCUCCCUACGUCGAUAACUGGACAUACUUUCAAGAUCAUGAACAUUUUGAAGAGUUAUAUGUAAGCUUUUUGGAAGGAUCAUUGACUAUUUCGACAGCUAUGGAGAUUGAACCAAGAGCUAGUACCAGUGGAGAAUAUUUGGAGGAAAGCGAUUUGUUGGAUAAUGAACACACAGAUAGCGGUAUUGAUUAUGAAGAAGGCAUACGUGAAACUUUAUCGGAAGAUGAGGAAGAACCUCUUGGAAGCAAUACAUUCAGGUUUAACUUUAAACCCCAAUAUGAUCCUGUCGUCGAAUCAACGCUGUAUCCGGAUUCGUUCAAAUCGUUAAAAAAAUUCGACAGUUGCCAAUAUCUGUGCAUACAAAAAGUUAAUUCAUACAGAGCCUUCUGUCUUCUAUGUUGCUGUGAUUUGGUUACGAAAAAUGCUGCAAAGAGAAUUUCAGUAAAACAUUGUAUUAAUCAUGUCUUGGGCCAACGUCAUACCAAGGCGUGCAGCGAUGAACUUUGUGCGGGAUCAUUGGAAAAGUAUCAUCAGUUGUUUUAUAAUUUGGAACUCCCUUAUCAAGCUCACCAGGUAUACUUCACACCAAAAACACUUGGCUCUCUCGAGUGUCGACUAUGCUGUACAACCGUACAACACAAAAAUUUAAUUGAGCACGUACAGGGGAGAAUGCAUAAGAAUAUCAUAUUGGAUUUAUUUAAGAGUCAAAAGUUAUCUGAAUAUUAUUUGAUGGAACACCAUUUAAGUAUGUACGGAAUAAAUACUGAUAAAUUAAAACCGAAAGAUUCUCCAGCAAAAGAUAAUCCUGAGAAAAAACCUAGGGAACGAAGGGAGAAAAGCAAAUCGACUUCAGGAAAUGAAGCCGCGGCCGAAGUUGAGCAUAUGUUUGUACGGACUUUUCCCUUUCCUCCAACGGGCACCCCAGCAGAUUUUAUUCCAAACAGAUACGCCGAACAUAUUAAAUACUUUAAGGAUAAGGACACACAUUUUGGUUGUGAGGCAUGUAAUGUUUACAUUAAAAUGGACAGAGCCGAUGUGAAGAACCACAUUUUGUCAGAACGCCAUCAGAAAUCUUCUCAAAUUAAGACGCCAAAGUAUAAAUAUUUAUGCGAACCUUGCAGUGUACACCUGAGAGACGAAAAUGAUUGGGACAAACAUUUCAAAAAACCUGAACAACGACAUUCCAAACAACCACAAAGUCGACUGGAUAAGUUUGCUGAGUACGAGUGCACUACUUGUAAGUACGUAAUAUUUGGCGAUGAGAUAUCCACAACGAGGCAUAAAGUUAAAGCAGGAGGAAAAAGAGAAAAGCCCUCCGAACCCAAACUCACUGACGAAAUUAAAAACUUGUUCAAAAGUACGGAAGAUAUUGAAGAGGAAUGUGAGCGGUUGAUGGCUAACAAUGCCUUAAUGUCUUUACAGAAAACUAAGGAUUGUACCAAACGGAUAGAAGAAGUGCUAUUAACCGUUCUAGCUGAGUGCAAAGCUUAUCCUUUUGGUUCAAGAGAAUCUGGACUUGGAAAUGAUAAAAGUGACUUGGAUUUAUAUAUUGAUGUAGGAGGUAUGUAUUAUGGAGCCAAGAAUCAAGAUGCUUUAUUUCAAGCGCACAUUGUAAAACAAGUUGAGAGUAUUCUAAGCAAACAUAGAACUGAAUUUUCAAGAAUCGUUACGGUACCUGGAGCUAGAACCCCCAUUGUUAAAGUCCAUCAUAUUUCCACGGGGAUCGACUGCGAUCUAUCUUUCAGGCAUGGAUUGAGCGUUGAAAAUACUAAAUUUUUAAAGAAAUGUUUGGAAAUUCAACCGAUUACCCAACCGUUCAUCUUGAUCUUGAAGAAAUGGUUACAGUUUACCCAAAUGUCAGAGCAUGUAACGACUUAUGCAUUGGCAAUGUUGGUGAUAUUUUAUUUGCAAGUAAAUGGAUACUUGUUAUCCGUUGAAAAACUCAAUGCAUUAAAUCCACUACCGGCUCCAGUUAUUAGUGGAUGGAAAACUAUCAAAUAUACAGCGUCUCUAGAGCUUUUGAAGAGUAAAGUUACUCAGUAUAGUGGUUCAGUUGUACCUCUUUUAAAAGGGUUCUUCAAGUAUUAUGCUUCAUUUAACUAUUUUGAUGAUGCAGUUUGUCCGUUGUUGGGACAUACCAUCCAAAGAAAAUUGUUCCAGGAUCCCAGAAGGCUACCGCCAGAAAUGAAAUCUUAUGUAAAGCAACUGCGAGAAAAGGAGCCCGAACAAUUUAGAUACCUGUCUCCAUUUUGUAUUCAGGAUCCGUUCGAUCUAAGUCAUAACCUUACCAAAGCUUGUCAAGGAGUCAGUCUUACUGUGUUUAAAAAGUAUUGUACCUUGACUCAUGAAUAUUUGAGCAAAUUAGAAUAAGGUUUUAUCAAAUACUAUAGAUAGACUAUAAUACAUACAACUCUUGACAUUUCCAUUUCCCAUUAAUUUUGUGGCAGCAAACAAAAUGGCGCCAUCUAGCGGUAUGAGUUGAUAACCACAAACUAUGCAUUUAAAAAGAAAGGUAUUUUUAUACUAUUAAAUCAAAAUACAAGUUUAGUUGUGAGCUGUUUUCUUUAAUUUUAUAUUGUUACUUUUUAAUUUACAUAAUUUUUCCUUUUUACUAUCGUUGAUUUUAUUUACAUACGCUUUUAUUAAAAGAUUAAAAUAUUUAUCUAUAACAGUUUUGUGACAAUUUGUACAUACAUUUUAGAGAGUUUCUUGUAACAUUUUAAUUUUAAUUUUAAUUUAUAUUUAACAUUUUCAACACUCUCUUGUAUAUAAUUUUGAAAAUAUGUGCCUUUUAAAUAUACCAUUAAUUUUAUCUGAAGUUACACCUAAAUUUCACACUAUCAGGUGUAUUAUUAUUAAAAUCUUCAGUCCUAAUAAUAGAAAAUAGCUUUUCUAUACAGUCUUGGGUUAGCCUUCUUGUAAAAAGAAAUUGCAGCUAAACACCCUCGCAUCGAGGUGAAUAAGGGGGCAAAGUAACACACUUUUUAGUUAAUUUUGUUGCCAUCCUAGGCAUUUGUUGAGAAUCUAUUUUACCGAACCUAUUUUAUAAGACGGUUUGUGUAGAAAUACAAACACAAGUUACCAAAAUUAGCUAGUUAUCCAAAAAUUAACAAAAUUAAAUUUGUAUGUUUAUAUUGAGAACAAGUAGUUAUCAACUCGAGCCGGCAGAUGCGCUAGUGGCAACGUGCUGCCAGUUUUCUGUGGGAGUUGGAUGUAUUAUAGUCUAUAGUAUUUGGUUUUAUUUAUAUUGUAUGAAUCGAAUGAUGUACUUAUUGACACGUAUAUCCUUUAUACAAGAUUUAUGUAUUUUAACCAAAAGAAUUUAUAUUUUUUAUAGAAAAAAAAAUCAAAAAUAUUAAGUAUCAUGUGUUGAGUUUAUGUCAUUUAUUUGUAAAAAGCCUUAUGUUAGUUUUUUCUUUAUAGAUCUUAUUGCGCGGAAAUUACAAAUUUCACUCUUGAAACUACCCAUCUGAAAAAUACGUCGAUUCCACACAGAAUAUUUGUUUUUUUUUAAGUAAUAUCUUCUCUUGAGGAGGAAGAAUAUCUUCUCUUGUAGUUCAUUCUCCUAUCGGAGGUUGGCUAUCAUCACAGCUAUCCGUACCUUAUUGGCGGCUGCUCUGAAAAUAUCUACUGAGCUGCAACUAUACUACUCUCUUAAGUUUCUCAGCCAGAAAAUUAUUCGUCUUCCUAUGUAGUCUAGUCGCAACAUAGGGGGUCCCGUGGACACUUUUAGUUCGCUGCGAUUUUAUGGUGGUAUUAUAGGUUUUUUGGGUCGCUGAAUCCAAUGGAAGUGGUCUGGAAGCCCAAAUGUGGUGCGUCUAAUUGUUAUUAACAAAUUAUGGUAAAAUUAGGUAUUUUUCAGGAAUUAUUAGAAGCCCUGUAAAUAAGUUGAUAGUGUUCUCUGGUGUAUUUUUGGUCUCUGAAUCGAAUGCGACUAGUCGCGAUUACUCAAAAUGUGUUCUUAUUUUGUUAAUAACAAAAUAAUUGUUUAUUCGCCGAAAAGCUCGAAAUGCGUUAUCUACAGCAAGUUUGUAGUCUUUUUCAUAGUAUUUUUAUACGCUAAAUCGAUUGUCACUAGUCGUGAUAGCUUAAACCACGUUCCGACUUUGUUAUUAAUAAAUUAUUGCAAAAAUAACGGUUUAUAGUACGUUUACUCACGGUUUUUGCUCUAAAUUUUAAAAAACCACUUUUGACAUGAAAUUUGGCAUACACGUAGCUAACAUGUCAAACAAAACAAGUGAUAUUGUGCCGAUGUCUGCUUUUACCCUGGGGGGUGAGUUUCACCCCGUUUCGGGGGUGAAAGAAGAAACCUUUAAAAUAAGUCCGGAAUUGGAUAAACUAAUUAAUUCUAAGCAACGUUUGUUCUAUACAGUUUUUUCACUGUCAAUACUUUUCGAGUUAUUUGCGAGUGAAUAUGUUCAUUUUUCAACAAAAAAAAAAACAAAUAACUCGAAAAGUAUUGACUUAGCGAAAAAACUGUAUACACUCUGAGCUUCGCUGGUGUCGCUCCUAGCGGUUACUAAUUCAACUUUUACCGGUAAUUUUUAAAUUUAUUAUUUAAUUGUUAUCGCUUAAUAUUUGCAACGCAAAAAAGUAAUUAAAUUGUAAUCGAUUUUUUUAAGAUUUUUCUAAUCAUUUUGACGUUGUAUUGAUAAAAUAUCAAUUUCUUACUUCGAAUACUUUGACAAUAAUCGUGUAGAUGGCGCUAAGAUUAUAAUAGAUUAUUUAUAAUUACAUAUUACGGAACAUUAAAAAAACUUAAAUUCAGUAUUUAAAACGUAAGUAUAUUCAAGGUAAAAAUAUAUACCACAGCUUUGACCAACUAAUAUUGUUUAUAAUUAAUGUUUUUAAUUUUAAUUUUAAAUUAAUCACUUUGACAUUUAUAUCAAAUUUCCGGUAAACUUUUACAAACUUGUCACUACUGGCGUUCGCGAAUUUGUAAAUAUCCCCUCUACGUACGAGCUCACAGCGUAUAGAACAAAAGUUGCUUAGAAUUAAUCAGUUUAUCCACUUCCGGACUUACUUUAAAGGUUUCUUUUUCCACCCCCAGGGCAAAAGCAGACAUCCGCACAAUACCACUUGUUUUGUUUGACAUGUUUACUACAUGUAUGUCAAAUUUCAUGUCAAUCCGUGGUUUUUUAAAAUUUAGAGCAAAAACCGUGAGUGAACGUACUAUAAACCGUUAUUUUUGCAAUAAUUUAUUAAUAACAAAGUUGGAACGCGGUUUAAGCUAUCACGACUAGCGGCAAUAGACUUAGCGUAUAAAAAUACUAUGAAAAAGACUACAAACUUGCUGUAGAUAACGCAUUUCGAGCUUUUCGGCGAAUAAACUCAGUGGCGGCCCGUGAGGUAGUGCCAUAGAGCCAUGGCACUACCUUGCUAACUAUGCAGAAACAUAUUUUUUUAUCUUAAAAACAUUUUAAUGCCUGUUUAUUUUUUUUGUGAAUAUUUCUCUUUAUUUUUAUAAAUUAUAUCAAAUCUGGCAACUGUGUAGCGCAAUGCAAAUCUACCGACUCUGGCCACCCACAGCUGACCGGAUAAAGGAUGAAAAUCAUAAAAAUCCCAGUGCCGAACGGCAUAGUGGCUCGUGAGAAAAGAGAAAGAUUGUAUGAGCAUCCUGUGUAAGUGACAGAGAGAGAGCGGUAUUGCACUUUUAACAUACGUUUAAAUUGGAGUCUCUGUGCCAGGCUCGAAAUCUCGAAAAGGAAGUUAGUGGAUCUUAAGAUACAAUGUUUUAGAUCUACAUAUUUCUAGUUUCUUUACGCGUUCGCUUGACGCUAUUGUGUUUAUUGUCUACUACUGUAUUGUAUAUUUGUGUUUAUACUCUACUAUAUUUUUUAAUUUGUAAUUAUUAGUUAGUGCGUUGUGAUCGUGGGUGUCGUAGGUAUAAAAAUAAUAUUUUGAUUAUUUUCUACGUUUAAUUUAUUUAUUGACAAUGAAUCAAAUUAGUAUAUUAAAAAACUCUUUUGGUGGUUUUUCGUUAGAAAAAAAACUACAAAUUAAAGAACUCGGUCGGCCUUUACCCGAUUUAAAAAUUGAAAAACAAAGUGGAAAUGGACAAAACUUCGCUGUCGUAAGUUUAAUAAAAUUAUUUAUGAUAAAAAUAGCUGGUUGUGUGGUUGCGAACAAACUAAUAAACUCUUCUGUUUUGUAUGCGUUUUGUUUGGAGGUGACGAGACUUGGUCAAACAAAGGCACCGAUGAUCUUGUACAUAUAUGGGAGAAAUUGAAAUCCCAUGAAAAAUCUAAAGUGCACAUGAAUAACGUUUUUAGCUUUUCAACGCUUGGUAAGUUAAAUAUAAAAACCCAAUUAAAUUCAGCUUAUCGUGAUACUCUAUUUAUAUUUAAUAUCCUUUUUGACCAUAUCGUAAAACCGCCACAAAAAAUUUAGGCAGCUGCCCGGAUUCUGGCACUACCUUCCUAAAGUUAUACGAGCCGCCACUGAAUAAACUAUUAUUUUGUUAUUAACAAAAUAAGAACACAUUUUGAGUAAUCGCGACUAGUCGCAUUCGAUUCAGCGACCAAAAAUACACUAGAGAAGACCUUAACACUAUCAAUUUAUUUACAGAGCUUCUAAUAAUUCCCGAAAAACACCCAAUUUUACCAUAAUUUAUUAUUAACAAUUAAACGCACCACAUUUGGGCUUCCAGACCACUUCUAUUGGAUUCAGCGACCCAAAAACUUAUAAUACCACCAUCAAAUCGCGGCGAACUAAAAGUGUCCACGGGACCCCUAUGUUGCGACUAGACUAAUGGAUCGUUUACCCUUAUACAUCAGAGCCAUAUGUGGCCACAUUAUCAGAGGUGCGAAAUAUCUCAUAUUUCUUAUCUGAUAAUGUGGCCUAAAUAUUCCAGCUUUCUUGUUUUGAUGUUCGUUAUGACCUCACGAUCCUUUACAUACAACAAAGUCGAGAAGCCGUAGCAUCUUACGGAUCUUAUCCUCAUCUCCAGAGGAAGGUUUCGAUUAACGAACGUUUUUCAUUUUUAUAAAUGCUUGUUUUGCAACUUCAAUGCGUAUCUUGAUUUCUAUACCUUGGUCAUUGUUUUCAUUUUCCCAGGUUCCCAGAUAUUUGUAGUUAUUCACUAUUUCUACUUGUUGCUCGAUAUCUAACCUUCCUACCAUAAGUUGCUUAGAAAUAAUCAUGAACUUGGUUUUUUAACGUUCAUUAUUUGUAGUCCUUACUUUAUACUGACUUGAUAUAAUAUAUUUACUAGUUGCAGUGCUUCUAGAUCUAUAGUGUCAUCUAUAUGUUGUUCUAUUUUUUUGUCUAGUCAAUUUUGUAUAAAUUGUUCUGUACUGGGAGCAUUCUGUUGCAUAUACUGACUUUGCUGGUGUUACAAACGUGGACAGCAACCAAUCCUGGGGAAUAUCGAGGAACUCACUAAAUCCCUAAACAUACUAAUGUAUUGCUUUUCAUAUGAUACAAAAUGGCGCCUGUCUACCAUUUUCAAUGAUAACUUCACUAAAACGUCAAAAAAUGAACAUUUAGGGAAAAUGGAGACUAAAAUGUGGUUUCAAAUUAUUUUAUAAAGUUAUGGCUUCUUUAUAUUUUUUUAAACCUUAAACCUUUACAAUUAUUUCGACAAUGAUUUUUGAUGUCGACUUAAUAAUAUUUUUAUGUUUUGGUCUUAAUAAAAUUAGUGUUAAGUAAAUUGUUUUUAAGUGUCAAAAGAGAAUCUACGAAAAAUAACAGUGGGUUUUUUUAUCUAGGAUUAAUGUUACAUUUUAAGCUUACAAGACUUUUUUAAUCUAAUCUUUAGGUAUAAUUAAAAAUAUUGUGUUUAUAUCAAUUGUUUUUGUAUUAAUAUCUCUAUUAAUAAAACUUCGGUAGAUAAAACAAGAA